AUGAUUGGCACUUGUGAAACAUGUCUUUGUGCAAUGUUAUUGAACAGAACACAGAUAUCUUCUUUCAAUUGUUUUUACAAUAAUUUUACAUGUGAAUUAUUUUCCGAAAAUUUCACUAUCAAUUCAUUCUCAUUGGUGGAUAAUUUAGCAAGUUCAGUUUACUUUCUUUCAAUACCCAAUAUUAAUGUAACAUCGACAGUAACUUCUACUACACAGAAUACCAAUAGUUUGACGAGUACAAGUUCAUCAUACAUUGUAAGCCUUCCCUUCGUUACAAAUACAUGGAAUUGCAUCAAUGCUAGUUCAGUCAACAUUCCUAACAACAACACGGCAUUAUAUUUUAAAAAAAAUAUAACGAACAGUGCUUCGAAUAUGGGUAAUAUUACAGUUUAUCUCGAGUCGAAUGUUGUUUUAACAAUCAGCAAUGCCCAAAAUAUUCUGAUCUUCGUUCAAUCAGGUGGAAUCGUUCAAAUUUCAAAUUGUCAUGAUAUGUUAGUAUAUCUCGAAUCAACAGCAAAGUUAACGAUUAGUAAUGGUGGAAAUAUCAUAGCAUAUAUGAAGUCAAAUGCUACGUUUACCGCUGAUAAUAUUAAAAAUGUUACUAUCUAUUAUGAAAAUGGCGCUACUGGAAGUAUCACACACAGUACCAAUGAAACAACCAUUCUAUGUCCUUCAAUAACAUUUAGUUAUCCAAAUACUUCAUCUAUUCACUGUUAA